UCCCCACACAGAGGGUAAAGAUGGCGCCCACUCACGUCCUGAGAUGCUGUCAGCGGAGUUUAGCAUGGAUUCCUGUCAUCUUUAUCGCCCUGGUGGUCUGCUGGUCCUACUAUGCCUACGUGGUGGAGCUUUGUGUCUUCACCAUCCCCAGUAUAGGAGAGCAGAUCGUGUACAUGAUCUUCUUCCACCUCUUCUUCAUCAUGUUCGUAUGGUCGUACUGGAAGACCAUCUUCACCCAUCCGGCAAACCCCUCCAAAGAGUUUUGUUUGCCCAAACCUGAGAAGGAGCGAUACGAGAAGGAAGAGAGGCCGGAGAAUCAGCAGGAGAUCUUAUGGAGAGCUGCCACCAGUCUGCCUCUGUACACCCGCACAGGAGCUGGAGCAAUCCGUUACUGUGACCGCUGUCAGGUCAUCAAACCUGACCGCUGCCACCACUGCUCCGCCUGCGACAUGUGUGUGCUGAAGAUGGACCACCACUGUCCCUGGGUAAACAACUGUGUCGGAUUCUCCAACUACAAGUUUUUCAUCCUCUUCCUGGCGUACUCGCUGCUGUACUGUCUGUUCAUCGCAGCCACCGUGCUGCAGUAUUUCAUAAAGUUCUGGACAAAUGAGCUGCCAGACACUCACGCCAAAUUCCAUGUCUUGUUUCUGUUCUUUGUGGCGGCCAUGUUCUGCAUCAGCAUUCUGUCUCUCUUCAGCUACCACCUGUGGCUCGUAGGGAAGAACAGAUCCACCAUAGAGGCGUUCAGAGCCCCGGUGUUCAGAGCCGGCUCUGAUAAGAAUGGCUUCUCUCUGGGCUUCCGGAAGAAUAUCGCUCAGGUGUUUGGAGACCAGAAGAAGUACUGGCUGCUGCCUAUCUUCACCAGUCAGGGGGACGGCCUGCUGUUCCCCACCCGGCUGGUCAGCGCUGAUGUGGAGCAGCAGGCCACGGUCACCCUGCAGCAGGAGCCCAGUAAAAGCGUUGUUGAUGUCCCCGGGAGUCCUGUGAGCGAGUCUCAGAAUCGCCUCCUGAGCAGCAAGCAGAAGACCAACAACAUCGCAGAGCAUCAGGAGAACAACUCCCACACACCAGCUGAAAGUGAAACCAUCACAAUCUCCAUCGAGAGCGAGUCCUAGCGUGGUGAACGACACUCCAUCAGGCUGCCUAUCCCUUACUGCUCUGACUUACUCCCCAGGAGAAACUCCUCAGUCAUCCUAAUACGAUGCCUUAAGCAACGCAACAGUUUAGAUUGUCAACAUGGCAACGGUCUCCCAGAGCAACCCCAUCCACACAUACCAUAGAGAAACCAUGGAGAUGCAUAAUUUUCGCCCACUGUGAAGCAUCCACGGCAUGCUAAUCUCACACCUACCUACCGCCGGAGGACAGGAUUGUUCCCUCUCACACACACACACACACACACACACACACACACACACACACACACACACACACACACACACACACACACACACACACACACACACACAUUCAGCUAUAUUCAGUCCCCCUCCCAAACUAUCAGAACAGCGAGGCCAAUUCCUUCAUUUUUGCUGUAGACUGAAAACAACUGGGUUUGAAAUCACUUUGGGAACAAAAGUACAGAGGCUACACCAGAAGAUGCAAACCACUCAUUAGCAUUAGGAAAUGGAAGGCCAGAUUUAGAAUUUGCCAAAAAGUAGAGAGACGAGGAAAUUGAAACAGCAUCAAAAGAAGAAUGCAAAAGUUUGGUGAUGUCAAUGGGGUCGCAGGUUUGAUGCAGUUGAGGAUUUGCAGCUAAAUAUUAAAGCUGCCAUAGAAUGGAGAACUGUAUUUACCUUGGCAGAGUUGAAUAAGGAGAAUUCGAUCCUUUGAGCUGACAUACCGUGAACCUCAAACACCAUUGUUUCCUCUUUCACGUGCAAAUCAUGAAUAUGCAUAUCACAGCGGUGAAACGGGUGGAUUACAACAAUCCGUGUGUGUGACGUCACACACGGUAGUCCAGCCCCAACAUCUGCACACAACAGCUGCUGGAAACACUUAACGCUAACACUCACCACUCCAUAAGCUUGCUCUCGAAUCUCCGACCAACUGGCUGUUCUUCAAAUUCCCCGGUUUCCUCCUCCGAUAAAGGCUCAGACAUGUGAGGUUGGAUGCCUAUAGCCUCCAUGGUUCAUCUCUCACAGUUUAGCAAACUUCACUUACUUCUGUGGGCUCUGAGGCAAACGUGGAUUGCUGCUUGUAAACCAGCCAAUCAGAGCAGAGCUCAAUUCAGCUCGUUUACCAAACCAUAGGGUUGUAAAUGGGCCUGUGAAACCACAUCUGGACAUUUUUUGGAUCAACCAAAGUUAUAUACCUUCUUUGUAGACAUCAGAGAACACUUUAAAAUACCAGAUAGAUGCUUUCUAUGGAACCGUUAAGUAUUAUUCACUUUCCACACUAUUUUUUGUCUCUGUUCAUAUACUUUUGCUCAACUGAUCUAGAUCUGGAAUUAGAACUGAAAUACCUAUUCAUCUUUUGAUUUCAAACCCAGUGUAGAGCUAAAAUAAAGGGAUUGGCCUCGCUGUUCCGAUAGUUGUGGAGGGGACUUUAUAUAUUCCCUUGUAUUAUUUACUGUUUUGAGCAUUUAUUGGUGAGAAUCCAUGAAGGAUGAGCUUCUUUUUUACACUUUUUCGUGCCAAAAGCUUCUUUCCGUCGGCACAAAGUUGCCGUGAAGACGAGCAGAGCGACAGCUGGAGUGUGUUGAACAUUUUUCGAGUAUUUUAGAAAAGGCAGUACAUCCCGCGGAGAUGGAUCAGUGUUCCUGUGUGGCGGAUAUUUCUUUGCCUUUUUUAUUUUUAACAUUGGAUUUAUGGUCUGCAACGAGAUGGAUGUUUCCCGCCGACGCCUGGACGACCUCACAGAGGAGCCCCCUGGACUGAGGGGUUUGGAAAUGAGAGCACACGGUGGCACAUUUGCACUUUGUAGAUUAUCAAACAUCAAACAACGACGUGCUGCUUCAGUUUUCUUUUAAAAUCAUGUCCAAAAAGCAUCCCAGGUACUACGGAUGUUGGACGAUCACGUGACUUAUUGUUUGUGUGUGUGAAUGUGUGUAACAGUCUUUUAUGGAGUAAUGAAUAAUAGCAAGUAAAAGACUCAGCUUAAUGUGGUUUUGAAAAAGGAAUACUUCCCCCUUUAAAAGGAUCAUUUGUAUAUCAGUAUCUCACUGCAAGUUACCUUACAGUCUAAAAAGAAACAGACAUUUCUUGAUAAAUUGAGGAAAAUAGGAGAUGCAUGAAGCAGUAAAAGUAUUUUGAAUAUCCGUUUACAAACUCUACCAGUAUAAACCAAGUCUAAUUCAUCCAGCUGUGUACUCAAUACUUACUAAACACAUGCAUUUUCAUUAAAGGUUAGUAUUUGUAACACUAUAGAUGGGUAGGGUGCAAGUUUCAAUAAAAAUGCAUGUAUUUACUUCCUAAUGAAUCAAGAUUUGUUCAGUUUCCUGAAGUAUUUAAUGUAAUUUAGGGUGAGGUAUUGAUACACAAAUGGUCAUUUUGGUGUGGAGUAUUGUUUUAGAGUCAUAUGUUAGAAUAUAUCUCAUGCCGAUCAGUGAUUCUGCAGCCUGUCUUCAGCCUUUAGACCAACACUCUUUGCCAAAUAAGGGCUGACCUGCUCUGACCUCUGAACCUGAAGUGUUUACAACAUCGCUCUAGCUUUAUCACAGCCUCACCGGCCAAUGUCAUCACAACCAAAUUGUAUUUAUGAGUAGUUGCAGUGCAUUUUAUACCCGGUGUGUGUGCCCCUCCGGCCUGCAGUGGGUCAUGGUUGCAGUCCCAUAUCUGGCCAGCAGGUGGCGACACAUCAUCUGCAUGUGGCUCAGUUCACUUUCAAUUAGCUUUCUAUUUAAUGCGGUUAAUAUGCAUUUAUUUUCUGUCGUAACUCCUCCAGUUCUCAUUUUAAAUGAAAGUGAAUUGACCCCCAUGUGAUCUGAUGUGAAAAGGCAUCGACUAAAGCUUCUCCUCACCUUGUAUUGGGAGUGAGAAGUGUGUGUUGAGCAUCUGGAGUGUGACUGAGGGUCUAAAAGCAUCUGUAAAAGGAAGUCUUUAUAAUUUGUUUCAUGCACAUGUGAAUAUCUGCUGAAGAUUGUCAGUUUAACCAAAUAACAAUUGUUCAGGAGGGAGUUUCAUCUACGGGAAUAUUAUUAUUAUUAUUAUGGUUUAUAUGCUACUUUUUAAUCCCCAUUAGAGGGAGCAGCAGAUUCCUGAUGUCUGUCCAUCUGAUCACGUCCCCAACUUCAGCUGGAAGCCGACUCUGGUGAUGUUUACAGCUGUUUCUAUCGUGUAGAGUGAGUCCUGGUGUUGUGUGGUGUGUUUCUUGGUGAUCGUUGUGCUGAAUGUACCGCAGAUUAAUUGAAUAAUGGAGCGUUAAAAACAGCCUUCACCACUUUAUGUUUACCUUUUUUAAUGCUGAAAAUGGAAAUCACGUUUGACCUUUUGAGCCAGAGUGUAUUUAUAACAACACAUUGGUUAUUGGAGGAGUUAGUAGGGCUGCCUAACGAGUAUUUGAAUUAUCAAUAUAUGCUGAUUAUUUUUUAGAUCAUUGGCUGAAAUUUCUGAAAAGUGUGGGAAAUGGUUGCUACAAAUCCCAGGUGAUGUCUUUAAUGUCUUGUUUUGUUGGUUCAAAACCCAAAGAUAUUCACUUUAAUAUGAUUUAAUACGAAAAGCAGGAAAUCUGCACAUUUCAUAGGUUGAAAAAGAGCAUUUUCUGCCAUUUUUUGCAUGAAAAAUAACCAGAAAAUGAAUUUAUUAUGAAGAAAUUGCCAAUUAUGUUACUACUAAUCUUUGCAAUUCUGGACAUUUGUUACUGUGUGUGUGUUAUGCUCCUUGUGGUCGAGUAUCAGUCACACUGUGAGAUAAAGGUUCAAGGAAAGGUGAAUCUUUUCUAAACCUCAAAGUGUAAACGCUUCUCUUCCCCCGAUUCUGAACAUUGAUCGUCUUGCUGUUUUACAAACGGCCUCUCUUCUCUGGGCUGUUUCGCCUCGAGACUAAAGUGUGUGUGUGUGUGUGUGUGUGUGUGUGUGUGUGUGUGUGUGUGUGUGUGUGUGUGUGUGUGUGUGUGUUUUGUAAUGCUUAAUUGAGUGUUUUUUUGUAAUAUUGUUGUCUUGGAAGAAAUGCUUCUGUGCAGAGAUUUUUACAUGUCUGUGUACAUAGAUAACGCCGGACUGAUGCUCAAAAGCAUGGCGCCUGUGUUUUGCCAUUAAAACGAUUGGGGGGGGGGGGGGGUUCAAUUAUUACUCAUGUUUGAAUUAGCUUUACUCUUUUCUGUAUCAACUUUAUAAAUGAAGCCAUAAAAACAGCUGUGAAAGCAGAAGAAGGUUUUUUAUUUCCAGGCUGUAAACAUCUGUAUUCUCUUUGCAGAUGCAGCCAUCGCUUACUGCUUUACACUUUGGUUUUUCUUUUUGUUACAGCCUCCUAUUUUACAACGUGUGUGUGUCUAUAUAUAAUGAUAAUGUAAGAAGAAGACUACAUAUAUUUUUCUUGUCUGAUUAAUUUUUCUGUUCCUAUUUUGUGAAUGAUGCCUCUACAAAAAAUGAACGUGGAAAUAACAAUAAAUGUUUUUUUAAACCCUCGAUAA